GAUAAAGCAGAGCGCACCACCAACACUAACACAGUCAGCCAGCAGCCAGCAGCAUGUCAGCCGAGCUAGAGAAGAAGGCUGUGGGGGAUGGCGUUCACCCCGAUCAGGGGCCACCUGGUUCCAGUGAGACACCCCAAGAGGUGGUGGAUCAGUUGAUCCGCAGUUCUAUGGAGGCCAAGACGCACGCCUACUGUCCCUACAGCAAGUUCAGGGUUGGGGCGGCUCUCCUGACCCAUGACAACAAGGUGUUCAAAGGAUGCAACGUGGAGAACGCCUGCUACAACCUGGGUGUGUGCGCCGAGAGGAACGCCAUGGCCAAGGCUGUUUCUGAGGGAUACAAGAGCUUCAGGGCCAUUGCAAUCGCAAGUGACUUGAACGACCAAUUCAUCUAUCCGUGUGGGGGCUGCAGGCAGUUCAUGCGGGAGUUUGGCCAAAGUUGGGAAGUGUACCCGACCAAAUCCGAUGGCACUCAUGUGAAGAUGGACGUGAGCCAGCUGCUACCCAUGUCCUUUGGGCCAGAGGAUCUCCAUCAACAUGCAACACAAUGAGAACUGAGCCCGUGGCCACUAGUUGUGGAUGCUGGGAUUUUUAAAGAACUGUAUAUUUUUCCUGCAUAGAUGUUCAAUAUCUAUCUAUACUAACUCAAAAAUGUUAAGAUGUUUCAGUGUGAAGGAUAGUAAAUGACUUUAUUUAAGUUGGGCUUGUGUCAACUUAAUAACAGUAAAUUGCCUUAUGUCACUGCUUUGUUUAUGUAUUAAAGUGGGUUGACUAAUGAUACAAGAAAGUAACAACCCUUGUUUUAAAAAAGUUUAUUAGUUUUAUGUGGGCAAAUUAUAUAAAUAAAGCAAAUCUAAGCCAU